AGCCGCUCAAGGAAGGAGUAGAGUUCAUUUGUCUAGUUGCUUGUUGUUCUUGCAUUGGAGUUUUGAAGAAGAUCUCUGUGCUAGGGCCAGACGUCGCGUCUCAUCCAGUGCCGGAGAAGAGGAAACACAACCGAGGAGAAAAGCUGGCCAAAGUCCCGUGCAAGGGAUUCAAAAUAGUUUGUUGAUAUGUUGAUCUGAUUAACACACUUAACUGCAUAUGAAAGCAAAGGGAAGAGUGUCCUGAAAUCAUUGAGUCAGGACGUUUAUCAUCAAGAAUGUUCCUGCUCCUCACGGCUUCAUCUCCAAACAAGAGGAAGCCGAGCAGCUCCGAGUAUCCACGCUGUGCCGCGGCCAGGAUCCAAGGUUCUGGUGCUGUAAAAGGUUUGAGUCUCACCUGCUGGACCUGCUCCUGCUGCACAGGUAAAGUAUCAAGAUGACCUCAGCUACUGACCUGGGUACGUAUUCAAUGUGCAAGACUACUGCAAACACACCCAGGCCCUUUUUAAAUUAAUGUCCCUGAAAUACAUACCAAACUAAUACCCACAAUGCACUGCUUUUGUUGGGACAGCAACAUUUUUGAGGUCUUAGUUUAAGUAGAUAUCCUGUAAGUCAAUGCUGAUGAGGGUCGACUUAGGACUUCAUAUAUUUGUAUAUUUUCUGACACUUCUGUUUGUCAAAUUACAAAUGAUUUUGCAGCGUUGGUCACAGAUCCAGUCCUAGUCAGUGGUGGAAGAAGUACUCUGAUGCUUUAUCUAAAUAUUGAGGGCCACAGUAUAUUUUAUGAGGGAGUCAUGUGUUUUGUAUAAUCAGUAACUAUAUCUGUCUGAUAUGAAAUGUGACCUUCCACCACUGGUCACAGCUGAAUGUCAAUAAGUAGCAGCACAAGGACACGUGUAGACACGAGAGACCAGAGGAAAGCUGCACUCGUGAGGAAGAAGUAGUUUAAGUUCAGCUAUUUAAAGUUAUGAGAAUGAAUGAAUAGAAAAAGAUGUAAAAGCUUUGUGGUCAGAUAGGUUUAGAUGACCUUUAAUCACAUGAUGAGAACAGAAACUAGAAGCCGGAGAGCUAACACUGAAAUUGGGACGAGAUAACUGAAACCAGGGCAGUAAAGGUCAGUGAAACGGUGGAAGUUAGUGACCUCAUGCUUUACCUGUAGUUAACCUGCGAGCUGUACAAGGUGGAGUGAACACAGUCGGCGCCUGCUUCUCUGUUCUGUGUCCCGCCCCUGAUUUUAUCUUCAGUCACAACAACCUGAAGGACUUUCUUGUUUUAUACAUGAAAGCUGCCAAUGAACGUAACGAGUCUAAAACAUACCACAGACUAACAGCCUAUGGUGUAUUUACUGUGUAUUAUUAGCCUGCGUUGUCAAAAUGAUGUACACUUUCUAGAAUUUGAGCACUUUCAAACAAAUCUCUUGAUCCUGUUUAAUGUGAAAUGUGCUCUGUGUGUGAUAUACACCCUAAAUGUAGAGCUAACCCAAAGAUGAUCAGGUGAUGGUGAAUACAACAUGAUGUUACUAUUUCUUCCUUCACUCUUUUAUUUCUUUUCUCUUUUUUUUUUCACCAGCACCUAAACGUUUUUCUUAAUAAUGUGAUCUGUUCAUAAUUUAAAUGUUGAGUAUUUCAGGUCGUCGCCUCAGUACGGAGACAAGAAAGGAGGAAACUCUCUGAAAAGACUCUUAAUUACCUGCAGUGUGACUGAAGGAGCUCUGUGCAGCUUUAGUGAACUCUGAAGUUAAGAGUCUAACUCAAGGAACUCGUCAGACAAGAGGAACGAUGCCUCGGUGAGUACAAUUUAAAUGUUUUAAAAUGUACACUUCUCAAAUUUAACCUGUUGGUAUUCUAUUGUAAUAAUGUAAACUGCAUUUGUACUUGAAUAAAAGCAGCUUUUCUUGAAACACAUUCUGACGUCUUUCUUCAUUUUCUUGUCUUAUGUCAGCCUGUCAAUCCUCUAGAGGGCAGAGUUAAACUACCAGAGCACAUGAACACAAGUAGACGUGCUGUUGGGGGGGGGGGGGGGAUGAUACAGUAUCAGUAUUCCUUUUUCAAAGUAAUGCGAUCAGCUUAUCCGGUUGAUUUAUGGUUGACAGCUGAGGAAUUUUAUUUUUAAAUAUUGAACUUAUUUCACACUAAUGUCAAUAACAUUUGGUCUACAUGGAUUUACUCUUUAUCCUUUAAAAGCCAUUAAUGCUUGAAACGUUCCUCGAUGUGACAGCCCACUACUUCCUGACGCAGAGGGACCUUUACACUUUCUGUAUUCAAUAACAGUUUACAUUUCUUUCUGUAAGUGCACACAGUAGAUGAGAAAAGUCAACAGAAACUCAUUCAGAGCGCCGUCUGGGAAAGGUCAAAGCUCUCCAGUCUGUCCCCACUAAUAAAACACACUUGUGACUCUGAGAGAAGGUGCCGAAUGAAACUUUCUUUUAGAUGAUCAUGUCAAAUGAAGGAUGCAUGUUUCAACCCUCUGAUUGUCUGCUAACGUAAGCUUGAUGCCACCUUAAAGCCUGACACGCGGUAACCUUUUUUGUUCAAUCAGCUUUAUCUUUCCUGCAGCACUUUGCUCCAAACAAACCCGUUUCUCCACCACCGAAAACUAAAACACAGAACCGGACUUCCCUUUCAUCACACAGACUAACAGACGACCAAAUCAAGUAGUUUCCUGAUGCUGAAGGUUUGUUUUCAUCACUGAGGUUUAUACACGUUGGUUUAAGACAGGCCUGUAAAUAUAAUGGACGUUUUCAACUAUAACUCGUCACCAUAUUUAUGUAGCGUAUCUAAGCUUUGUUUGCCAAAUAUAUAUAGUUGUAUUUUUUUAAAUAAUAAUAUCUUAAUUUUAAUUAAUUAACAAACAGUCAAUGGAAAAGGUGAAACUUGGUUUUUAGUCAUUUAUAUUCAACAAACUGUUGACACGUAACUGUUUAUUUAAUUUCAGCUGAGUGUGUUGACUUCUAAUGUGGAUUUCUGGUCCAAGUUUACUUUGAAUAAAGAACUGAGUAAACUUAUAUUAUUUGCAUAACGCUAAAUUGAUUGACAUUAGAUUAAAAGGCAUUGGGAUAAAAGUACUCUGCUCCUAUUGUUUCCUUUAUCUGAAUUCACGUAUUCAGCCCUCUGGAAGGUGGUUUCUUAUCAGUUCAGCUGUUUUGAGUGUUCCUGUACGAAGGAGGAGUUGAGUCUAGUUUGACCUCCAUAUAAAAACAACAUGCACUUCUGUGAGCUCUUCAUUGGGCCGCUUUAGAAAUAAUGAAGUCUGCCUUUGUUUUACUGGCCUUCUUGGCUGUCUCACAGGGGAUUAUCAGGAUUCCCCUAAUGAGAGGGAAGUCAGCCAGGCAGCAGCUGGAGGAGAGAGGCCUGUUCGAAGUGUACAGGAGGACGUUUCCAUACAACCCUGCAGCAAAGUUUCUCCCCACGAAGGAGCAGAGUGUGGUGCCCAUGACCUUUGACCCAGAUACAACAUACUAUGGAGAGAUUGGUAUCGGGACUCCACCUCAGAUCUUUAAGGUUCUCUUUGACACCGGUUCCUCCGACCUGUGGGUUCCCUCUAUGAUCUGCACCAGCUCUGCUUGUGACAAACAUUCAAGGUUCAACAGCUCGGCAUCCUCCACUUUUCAGGCCGGCACUAAGACAUUCACCAUCUCGUAUUACAGUGGAUAUGUAUCAGGGAAUACUGGGUAUGAACUCAUAAAGAUAAGCAACCUCUACGUGGACCACCAGAUCUUCGGCCUCACUGAAACAGAGUCAGAUUUCCUGGAAUUUGUGCCCUGGGAUGGGAUUCUUGGUUUGGCCUUCCCUGGGUUGUCCCAUGUGGGAGGCACACCUUUAUUUAACAACUUAUGGAACCAGGGCAAAAUCCCCCACAACGUCUUCUCCAUGUACAUGAGCGGUUCUUCAGAGGGCAGUAUGUUGAUUCUGGGAGGGAUGGAUUCCUCAUAUUACACUGGAACCAUGAAUUGGAUCCCUCUGUAUAAGGCCACUAACUACUGGAACAUCCAAAUACAAAGCAUCACCAUCAACGGGAACACCGUUGCAUGUUCCGGGAGUUGUGCAGCAUCAGUGGACUCCGGUACUUCUCUUAUCAUUGGCCCUGACAAAGAUAUUAACAACAUCAAUGGAUGGUUGGGAGCCUCCUCAAAUCCGAAUGGUGAUGCUACAGUGAGCUGCGUUAUCACAAAUCUCUUGCCAGACAUUGUGUUCAACAUCAACGGCUACAGCUUUGCUCUUCCUCCAUCUGCCUACGUCAUACAGUCUGCGUCUGGGUGCAGAACAGGGUUUGCAUCUGGCUCCUGGAUCCUGGGUGAGGUCUUCAUGCGGCAGUUCUACACUGCCUUCGACGUCAGCAACAACAGGGUGGGCUUUGCUCAGGCUGUGUGAAUACAGGUGAAGAGCUGGGCCAGUUUAAAGUAAUUUGCUUUAUUUUUGUAACCAUGGUUCACUGCAAAACAAACUCUCCUAUGUUAGCACUCAUAUUUGUGAAUGAAUCUAAUAAAAUAUUACCUUUCAGACCUUAAAGACAGCAUCUCUCUGUUGUGAAGGAGGAAUUCAGGGACUCAAAUGCCUGUACAGCUAUCGCAGAAUAUUCUGCAAAGGCAAGUAUCAACCCAAAUGUUUUACUCCAAUAUGGAUCUAUGCUUUGGUGGCCACUAGAUGGCAGAGAACUCAGGGAGUCCUUCACCAUUCAUGUGAUUCUCUUGGGAGUGGCCUGAGGAGAGGAUGAGUCAUCAUACUUAGAAUUCAGUCUCUAAAACACAGAACCGACCGCCCGUCAUUCAUUGUCAACAGGCGCCGGCUUACAUUCAUGCUGUCUGUGUCUGUGAUGUUCAGUGAUCUCUUUAGGCUGCUGCAUUCGUUCUAAUUAUAAUCUGUGAUUUACGGGGAUGUGUCAUUCAGCUCUUUUCCAUUUCAAAAUGUGCACCAACACACAGAUUAUUAACCCUCUCAUAUCUCCUGAACGCUUUUAUUUAAGUUAUUAUUUCCAUUUUUCAUUUUGAUAAUGAAAUACUUUUUAAACUCAGAAUUUACUACUGCGGUGCUGCAGUGUAUUUUCCAAAUGUUUCAAGCUAGUUACACACACCUGGCUGGUGUUGCAUGUAUAGUGGGUAAACAUGGUAACAUGAGGAGCAUGGACGGGGCUGCAGGUGAGGUUUCACAUUCCGGCGUCUGUCAGAAAAGAUCGACCGACUUCUUUACAAAGAAUUAACUCUAAAUAAUGAUUCUGCACAUUCUUGUAAAGAAAUGUGAUGUCACAUGCUCCACAUAAUGAUUAUGCUUCUUGCUACAACCACAACAUUAAGAGGACAUCUUUUUCACUGGAAUCUGAGGCCUAAAUUAGACGUCAAACAUCAGGAGGCCAGUGUAAUACUGAUCCAACUGGCUGUUCUCUCCUGGCAGAGGAGAGUGAAUACAGAUCAGAGGGCUCACUCUACUCAAAAAGAUCCUCGACCCACAAGCCAAAUAAGGGGGAAAAGCCAGCACCAUAGAAUGUCACCAGAAGAAAGUAAGUCUGAGCAGCAGGUGCAAUAAAAUACGACUCCCCGGGUGAACGCUUUCCGCUCCAGCGAGGUCUCCCUUUUCACCCUCAAGUAAACAAGGCUGUCUCGUUAGUCAUCAGGUCAUCAUCAUAUCUGUUCUGUCGCAUCUGGAGACUCCGGAGUUUAAGGAAUAGUUUGUCAUUUUGGGAAAUACAUGUAUACUCGGUAUCAAUCUUCUCAGCUAAUUCUCGGCGAGAAAGCGACUAAGCAUGUUUCCCUAAAUGUCAAACUAUCCCUGUAACUUCUGCGACUGCAGUUCUGUUUCACAGAUUCAAUGCAUUCACCUUACAGGAAUAAAACGACAUAAUUCAUUCUUUGUUGACAUAUUUUUGUAGUUUAUGAAAUACAGAAACGGUACAAUAAUAUACAAGAUAUAAUGCAGCAAAUAAUAAAAUACAUGUAUAAGUCCUUAUACAGGAUUGCAUAUAUUAAAAUACAAGUUUGUGGCCUAAAGAAAUACAGUUGUAACCUCAACAUACUAUUGACAAUAAUUAUAAUAACUAACACUGAACAAGUAGGUUAUUAUUCCUCACCUAUGACACAGUCUUUGGUUAUAAGUAACUUUAAGAGGACAAAGGAAAUAUGUACAACAUUAGCAUACAGUAGCAAUGUUCCCCUUUUGAGAGACAUAAGUCAACGAAGGUCCUCAUGAUGUAGCUACAUUAUAAUGCUAAUAAAUGCACCAUGAGAAGUGACAGGAUAAAAGUAACAGUUCCUUCCAAAUAAAAGUACAUUUACAGUGCAUUGCUACAUCUAUCAUCUGGGAUUACUGUGUUUUGUUAUUGUUCUAUUAGUAUGAAUAAUUAUGUUUACAUUUUAUUAUUAGCAGUGCUACUUUAAACUGUGUGACAAUAAUUAAUCGGCGACAGAGCCAGAGAGCUUUAAGUUUGUGAAAACAUCAUCUGUACGGAUCUCCUGGUAUUUCUAGUUUUAUAUAAACAAGCUUUUGUUCGACACCGUUCUAGUUAUGAUAUGAGCCUCUAAAAUCAACAACUUGAAGGUAUUUCAGCAAUGUAACUAAAAGAAGACGUGUUUGAAAACUGCUACCUUUCAUUUACAGUCUAUCUGCGUCAGGAGGCCCGCGUGCUGGCUGCACUUCUUGCUGCUAUUUCUGACUGUGUUUAUGAGACUGGUGGCUGGCUGGCUGGCCAUUUACUGAUUUGUUGAGGGUUGGGCACCAAGGCAUUCAGUAGAUGGUACUCGCUCUCAGUUGUUUCCCUUGGGUGAUGCUUCCCGGCUGAUAUUAACACUCCAGUGUGACAGGAUGUACAUUUAUGUUAGCAGUCUGAAAGUAGGGUUAUUUGUGUGUGUUUUUUCAUGUAUCCGUUCUAAACUAGAAUAGGGGUUAUAGCAUUUCUGAACAUGAUUAAGCUUUUCUUAACAGUUCAAACUGAAAAAUAGAGGCUGAACUCUACUACCCUGACAGUGGACAGCUGUCAACUGUGAAUCUCUGCAGACCCCACAGGUUAUGAGAAUAAGAUCUCUUUAAAAAUAGCAUAAAUGCAAAUUAGACCUCAAUUUAGAAUAAGCAGAUACAGUAUGUUGCAAAUAGGAAAUCCAAAUAUUUGUGGACCAACUGUAACUGUUGUUAUGGAGAAACAAUUAAAAUUUAAAUUAAUUUAAUAGAAAUUAGGAUUUCUGAAUAAAGUGAAUUACAGUAAAAGUAAGAUGAAUCACAAAAGGCUGGGUUAAUGAUUCUGAAUCCAAAAUUACUUAAAAUGGACUUGAAUACAAAUAAUUAUUGAAAAGAAAGCACCUCAACAGAAGCGCAGUUACUGCAAACACACAUAUUAUUAAUUGAACCGCACUAAGAUCAGAAAAAAAUAUGGAUAAAUAAAAUUGCAUAAGAGUAAUCCUUACAGUAUCAUCUCCCGUAAAGGCCGACAAAACCAAACCGGAAUGUAAAACAUAGCAUACAUUUUAAACAUCUUGCAGUGAUAAUUAGGUGAGCUCUGCAAGCUCUGCAUAAAAAUAGCUUCUCUUUCAAGUAGCAACUUUUGUCCAACAUCUUUAAAACUUCCAAUCUUUGUAGUGUCAUGAUCCCAGUGCAUAAAAAGCCACAGUUUAAGUAGUAGCACGCUGUUUUCAAGCUGUUUGUUUUCUCUGAGUAAUUAGUGCUCAGAGUUACUGUUUGUUUAUUUCUUUUGAGGGACUUGCAUUCUUACGUGCACAGCAAUUUCUUGCAGGGGCAGCCAAUAGUUUGCUGUAAAAGUGACACUUUUGAAAAUAUUAAGAGCAUUAAUUGCCGUUUUUGAUGAUUGAGAUAAAUCCAAUCAUCAAAACAUUUUAGGUCACAAAAUAUUCUAACCACAUUUCUCCGCAUUAUCAGAAUGUUUUGUGGCAUUUUUAAAUUGUUUUUUAUCAAGACAUUGCUCUGACAGUAUAUUUAUUAUCAACAGUACAUGCCAUCAGCUGUGAAAGACAACUAAAGCUUUAACUUUUGAAUCUUGCACACAUUCAAAUCAUAGAUUUCUCUGUGUAGCAGCCACAUGGGUCGAGACCUCACUGUCUUACCCUCCGAGCGAUGCCACUGACUUUUACACCACCAUAGGGGUAUCGGAGCACACAGAGCUGACAGACUCUGUGUCAGACCUCCUUCUCUCCCUGUUGUCCCCCUGCCACUCCUCGUCUUCCUCGCCUAUUGGGUUCAAUCUCCCAUUCUGCUCCAGCUGGUCCUUAGGUUGCAGAAAGGCGCCAUGUUUGUUGGCGAACCCUCCGCCUUCCACUCUUUCUUGCCUCGUCUCCACGUGUGCGUGAGAUAUGCUAACAGUUGAAGAGUGGAGGCUGUCUCUGGGGCCACUUUUCUCCUGACCUGGACAACAAGCGUAGCGGCAAGGUGUGAGAUAGAGGUAGAUGAGAACCAUAACUAAACUGACCAGACAUCCUAUGAGGGUGGUGUAGGCUGUUUUUAGGUUCUCCAGCCCCCCAAUCUCUGUGGAAUUAAACACCAUUACAGUUACAUACAGUGUCUCAUUGAAGGAUUCACUGGUGGCAUAGCAGGUGUAGACCCCAGAGUCCUCCACAUUCAGGGGCCCAAUCUGGAGACUGCCAUCUUCAUGACGCAUCAAAGCAGUCUUGUGUGCUGGAGUUAAUGAGAUGUUUCCAGGUAGCACCCAGCUCUUAGUCAUGUUCCUCUCCCUAGUGUCACAGUCCAGGAAUAGGAACUGCUCCAGGAAGGCUUCUUUGUCCAUAGCCGUGACCUCACUGCAGUUCAAAUACACCUUGUUCAGAUCCAGUAUGGCAAUUUUCUCUUUCUGCUGGCCGGGUACGACACAAGUGUGGCUGCCCCUAAAGUCUGUGGCAGAGCUGAGCUCCUUGAGGUACCAGCGUGCCACCAUUGCAUGCACCUCACAGCUGCAGGGCAGAGGGUUGUUGUGGAAGUACAGGCCAUUCGUGAUCCAGGCGGGUAGAGCCUGAAAGUCAUUGAGGGGCAGGGCUUUGAUUCGAUUAGAGGACACAUCCAGCAGUCUAAGAGAUUCCAGACGGCUCCGAUCCUUCACCAGCUCCAAGGGGAAGCGUGAGAUCUGGUUGUGGCUCAGGUAGAGCCUCUGCAGGUUGUUGAGACCAGAGAAGGCAGUGCGAUCUAUCUGAGAGAUGCAGUUGCUGUAAAGCAGCAGCACCUCCAGGUGCUCAAGCGGCUCAAAAAUGAACUCAUCCAGCUGGCGGAUGCAAUUAGAGGAAAGGUCCAGGUAUUGAAGCUUUUUCACAUUCGCAAAGGCCUCAGAGGAGAGGAAGGUGAGGCCGUUGUGGCUAAGAAGCAGGCUAUGUAGUCUGCUGAGUGGGACGGGGGUCCACUCAGCACGUAGCCUGGUGAUGGUGUUGAAGCUAAGGUCCAGAACAGCUGUAUAUUGUGGAAGAGUGAUGGGAACGUUGGUUAGAUUAAUCUUAGAGCAGCUGACGAUGUUACUGGCACAGACACAAGUCUUGUGGCAGUCCAGUCCUAUUAAUUGGGCACUGACUCGUACUGUUGGCAACAAUAAAGCCAGAGGUAGAACUGCGAUGAAGCUCCUUCCUCUGAACACCGCUUCAGUAGCACCAUGGGAAAUCCAGAGUGACCCCCCCAUCGUGUCAGGAUUAUAAACUAUAGCAGUCUGGAUGUCUUCUAGUCUUCGGAGGAGAUUCGUGGAGCUGUAUGGACAAUGAGAUCAAUAAAUCAGCACUGUUUUACAGAGGAUCCAAAUGAAAGAUAUUUUGUCCUUAAUGCUCAUUGCAUCUCAUGCUCUAAUGCACCCAGGGGUGCAUUUCAGAAGCUCUUCACUAGACACCUGCUUUGAAUGUUAUCAGCUGAUUGAAUGGGGGAUAUAAGCGGUUGUCAGCCUCAGAGAUAUGGGUUAGAAGGAGCCUGUUACACCUACUAGUAGGUUCAGAAGGCCGUUAUCAUCGAUUCACAUAGUUGAUCACCAAUAAGGAUACAAGAAGAUGCCGCCGACCUCUAGAAACCGUAGUAACUAUGACAGGAGCGAUGGAUGGGUCAAACAAACGGGAGAUGUAUGGGUCAAACAAACACAGAACUUUGACUCUGAAGACUGCUGUUUGUGUCCUUGCAUGAAUGUAUAAAGGGAGCUGAAUACAGCAUUAGAGGCGGGCCCCCGUUCAUUUCAAUGAAAGUUGCUCAGUUACAUGAAGCCCAAAAAACGUAAUUGUAUAAAAUUACCCGAAUCUUCGGCAUCCUCAGACCACAUGUCUCUUCCGCGAAGUAAGCCUAUGGGAACACCUUUUUGGGCCCAAUGGCAACACUUGAUGGGCCUUGAAGUUGUAAAUCCACGCUUUGGCCACUAUGUCAAAUUGGCUUCAAAGCCUUCAGCUCAUCUUUGGGGUUGUUUGUCGGUUAGAUUUGCAAAAUCUUGCGAAAACUCAAGUAAGCCUCACUGCCUGAGUCGCUAACCUCAACCAUCUCGCCAGAGUUUUACAAAAUCGAGGGCUACCAUCUUGACAGGACCCUGGCUGGGGGCUUGGUCCUGUGUGAAACCAAAAGCGGAUGUUGAUUUAUUUAAAUUAAAUGUAUUAUACAUAAGUUAUAUAACAAGCAUACUUCGUUUUUUUUUUCAAAACCACAAUAUUUUCCUAAACCUAACCAAGUAGCUUUGUUGUCGAAACCUAAAGUUGUUCCGUUUCCAUUCACAACAUUAAGUUUCGCUUUCACAACGUGCUCGGUGCAAUGUGGCCCGUUUGAAGCGUUUAGAUAACGCCCAUUCAGUUGGCUGACAAUGAUAUGGGUGCACAAAGAUGGUCAAAAGGUUACGGAUGAUGGAUGUGCAGCAAAAAAUGUCGUCAUAACACAAUUGAUGAAUUUGCAAAAUUAAUCUCGGCAUCAUAUAAAUGAAAAAAAAAAAACACAUUCUAUCGAUAUCCAGAAAGAUUAUUAACAUGCUGCAGUUUGUGUGAUCCGCCUCAUCCGAACAUCAUCAAAUCUCCUCAGUGUGUCAGACACAUUUGUCCCAGCAGGCUGAGGUGUCCCUCACCGCUCGUUCCUUUACCUUGUGUUGCUUUCUAAAGAUCCGAAGAGAAAAGAGGGGAGUCUUCAACAGUCCGGUCUUGGAGGCGAUCCGCUACAGGACAGUCUCAUCCUCUUCAUCACAGCAGCAGCGAUCACCAGAACGCACAGAAUGACCGGAAAUCAGUGCGGUCCGCACCGAUGAGGAAAUGCAGCCAUCUGAUAGUAGAUCAGAGGGGCGCAAACAGCGGAGCAGGGGGUGUGUCCCUGUCCCUCUCAGCAUUCAUAAGUAAUAGACUAUAUAAGGCUACACUUCAUCCUCAGAUAGUCAGGUGCUCUGUGAUUAAGCUCACAGCCAUAACAGCAACAUGUCAAGUUAAAUGAUGAUUUCCAUGCAGUGUGGUAAACAUCUGGACUGUCUUUGAGAUGAGCUCCAGAGCGAUGCAGGCUGGUUUUCCCUGUUGGUUAUUUCUUCCCCCUUGCUCAUUACAUUAUUAUAUUUUCCAUUAUCAUGAUGCCUCUUUCUUAAGACACAGGGGAGACCUAAGGGAUGAUGUCAUUUUUCCUUUCACUUUAUAGCAAUGUCCCAUUCAGUGCGAUGCUGUCUUUAAUGAUGAAGCCCUCCCCUGUGGUUCAUCUUAUCACUCUGGUGAAGGACAGGGCAAACGUGUGAACUGCAGCUGCAGCAGUCUUUAACACAGCACGUGAUGUGCAUGCAGCAGUGUGCGAGGGAUCAAUAUCAGCAAGCCGUUUAAAUAAUAGCUAAGGGUCUUGUCCCAUGAGCUUUUAAUACAGUCACUUCAUUACAUCGGUAAGAUUUAUACAUGAUGCCAUAGCUUGUAUACCGUUUAUUUAAGUUAAUUAAUUCAGACUCUUUCCACCUUGAGUUGGCCAGCCUGUCUUUGUUGGAGUUUAGCAACAUUUAAGCACAAAACCAAAACAAUGAAGGUCUUUUUGGACACUGCUGGCACAAAAGAUGGUUUUGAACACAACGUUGUCAUAUCAUCGUCGUUCAAGUUUAUGUGGUGAACUUGUUAGCAAACACUUGUGAUAUUUACACAUCCAGCUGUUCCACAUCCAACAUUAUCAUUCAUGUGGAUGUGUCCACUCUAUUCACUCUCUUUAAGCUCUGGAUUUUGUCUCCAGCACCUCCUGAGGGAAAUAUCUGGCUCUUUUGUUGCUAAAUGCUCCACUAUGUUCACCAUCUAGUGGAUAACGGUGUCUGUCUGCUGUUUAGUGCUGAUCAGGUAUCGAACAUGGGUUUUAGGGCUUUUUUUCUGCAAGCAGCUGCCUGCAGAAAACGACACUAUGAGAGCAGUGAGUAUGAACCAAAUCAGUAAAGUUGUGGUCAACAGCGAAACAAUGAGCUGAAACUCCCCGUCUCCAUAAACGCUGCAGAUUCAAAUGAAAUUUCAUAUUGUCAUUUGAUACAUUUUUUUUUUUAAUGUUGAUUAUAGCUGCUUUAAAAUUGGAUUUUGACACAAGAACCCAAGAUUAGAUAAUAAACCAGGACCAACAGUACAUUAAGGUCCUUGUCCCAUAUGUGGAUAUUGUCCUGAAUUAGAUCAUCCCAGGUGACACAAAGUUAGCCCUCUGUGGUCCCAUGCAGGGCAUGGUGCCAGCUUUGCCCGGUUGGUAAUCUGACUGUGAUAGUAGUGCAAUGUUAUUCACACCAGCUGGCUUGGGAUAUAGUUUAUACAUAGUCCACUGCACAUUUACUGCAACUAAACUGGCUACACUCAUUGUGUUGAUGAGAUAACUUGCAUUCAGUAAGGAAGACUCAAAACACAUCACAUACAGUAGAAGGCAGUUUCAUUCAUGUUGAGGGUUACAUUUGAUAUCAGGCAGACAAGUAGACAGGAAAAUUAGCAUGCAGGACACAAUAGCACAAAUCAACAUGAAAAGGCUAUAAAGUAGCACUGCAGUAGCACGGCGACACACAUGCUGAAAACGACAAGAGGAAUGCCAGAACACACACGCCGGGACUGUGAUUGGAGUCUAAAGCUGAAGAAGGUGAAAAGGGCAACGAUGCAGAAGUCAACAUGACAUAUGACCAUCCGGCUCAUGUACAUUAAAAUACCUUGUUAUCAAUCUUCUGAGCACAAGGUCAAAUCCCAGAGACACCCUCACAUAAGAGGACACGUGAGGAUUAAAUGGUCCACAGGUCAGGUUGCUAUGGCUGCCAAGGGUAGGACGUGAUGGUGGAGAAUGCAAACAAUGUGCAGUACGAAAUGAUUGUCAUGUAACGGGUGAAGAGAGUGAACACAGAAGAGACCUUAUUACGUCAGCUGGAAGCAAAAGCUCAACGUGCAGCACUCGACAUUGACACGCAAGUCUGUGAUUAAAAGGAUUAAACUGUGACAAGAUUUUGGACAAGAUUUCAAUGGUGGAUCGAGUCACACUGUGAGUAUCCACUUACAGGACCAUGUGACUUUGUCCAGAUCGUCCACAUCAUGUCAAACGAAAUAAUCAACAAGUCAAAAUAUUACAUAAUAAUUAAACCGACCUUUGUUAUGAACAAUCUACAGAAUUGGCUGAAAAGUUCUACUCAAAGCUGUUCAUGUUAACUUGUAAAGGAAAUGAAGUCACACAAUUCGUACUCUCAAUUUUUUAUAGUUUUUUUUUGACAUUUAAAUGCCAUCAUGGCCUUGCAGAAAUGAUCGCUUUCCUGUUAAAUGAAACCAGAUUACUCAAGGUCAAAGAUACUUUGAAUUCUAAGCAUCAAAUAAAUCUGUCUGACCAAAGCAUCAAACUGACAGCCACACAUGACAAGAUAAAUUAGCAUUUUAUAUUUAAAAUCCAUUUAGAAGCUUUCUACUAAUGGAGGAUGAACACUUUUAACAUAACAAGCAAGAAUGACGACACUUUAAACAAAAAGAUCUUAGGAAAGUCUAUGUGGAGUCUUUCCACCGCUGGCAAAUGCUAAAUUUAGCCUUUACUUCCUUCUGAAACAUUCUUUAAAUAAUUUACAAUGGAUAAGAUCCAAUGCAUUCAGGGAUGUGAUGAAUGCGUCAAAACUUGGAUAAUUAUAAAAGCUCGAUCAAAUGUUUGCACAAAUGAACUCUUUCAAAUGAGAAAUUGGCUAAAACCUUUAUGUCCUUCUGGAGAAUGCUGUGUAAGGAUCAGCUCAUGGUGUGCUAUCAUCAUUAAAGGUGCAUAAUACGAGAUUGGGAGCGACGCCUGAGCUGUAGUCUCAUAGCUAACGAUGCUAAUAGCGGUAAAGAAGCGCACUACAGUAAACUUGCUGAUAGAGCUGACAGUGUUUGCCUGAGGGGGAACCGGAGGAUUGGUGCUACUCUUCUGCGACAACACUGUCGAAUGAAGGCUGCGUUAUUAUAUAUGGACGCUGUAUGAGAGCAGUGCAGAGCUAACCAGUGGGGGCACGCUCACAUGCACUUAUAUGCCCUAAAAGCGCGCACGGCCGGCCCGGCCUGACAACAAAUCAAGGAGAAGCUCUGAUAACAACACACACAGAGGGAGAAUGACUUCAAUCUCUGCUCAGGGAAACAUUCCUCCACUUUAUCUUUACAAGUUGUUUGCUGCUAUAUUAAUGCUCUGAAUGUCAUAUAUUACUUAAAUCUUUUGGUCAGAUGACUUUAGGGGUCCAUGCUUACAUCCUCUACUAAAUUAGUUUGCAUGUCAUUAGCCGAAAUGAGUUUGCUCCGUAGGGUGGCCGGGCUCAGCCUUAGAGAUAGGGUAAGGAGC